UAAAAAGUUUUUUGGCUUUUGCCUUUUAAUUAAUACAUAACUAUUGGAACCAUAUUUUAUAAAAGCUGAGAUGAACGCGGACCUUUACAAUGAAGUUUCAAAAGUUUCACAUGAUACUCGAGCCGCAACAAAAUAUGUUGUGGAUUUCCUAUUAGACAGAAUUUGUCCUGUACUACAAAAACUUCGGUCGCAGUUACAAGCCUUAAAUGACCGCGAUUUGGAGGAAGAAAUUGUGAAAAUAAGAAAUGUUUUCCUGCUUACUUCAAGUCAGAUAAAGAAAUGUAUAGUUAACUUCUUUGAUGUCUUAAAAGUGGAACAUAAACAUGGUGAAUGUUUACAGGAAAGUCGCCAAUUUAUAUUUGAAAGGCUAUCAUGGUGCCUCACUAAGCUGUCUGCUGUUGAGAAGAACUUGGAUAGAUGUGAGCGAAAUCCUGAAGAUAGAGAGGAUCUGAGUGAGGAUGCCAUGUUUGUGACACCAAUGUAUUUUGUCAAUUGGAUUGACUACACUUUUGACAUCCUUAGCAAACUAGCUGAAAAUGUGUACAGAACAGACUAUAAGAACAAUGAUUUGGUUUAUAAUGAGUGGAAAGAAGUUAUGGUUCAGAAUGCAACUUCACUGCAUAUGUGCAUCGAUGAGCUGCUACUCUCAGCUAUGACACUGUGUAAAUAUUGUUUGGCUGAAGAUCAGACCAUUCUAAAGGCUCGCUGUCAAGUGGUCUUGAGAGAAACUAAAGCAUUAUUCAAUGAGUUAACUGACGAAGAUAUUAGUGCAAGUAUAAAAAUUACACCAGACAAUUUGAAACUGCCAAUCAAGCCUUCAAAUGUGAACAUACUAAUUGACGUUUUAAAAGAUGUGCUCUACGUCUUGGAGACCAAUACUAACACUGCGUUGUUAGCCUUGUUGAUACAUUGCUAUGUCAACUGCUCAUCUCCUGUGGAUAUUUUGAAGAACCAUUUUGACGACAAAGAACACAAUUCUUGUCCAUGCCAUUCAGCAGAUAACUCUGAUGAGAAAUGUACUAUUGUAGAAGACUUUGAUUUGUACAAUGAGAGACUUGUGCAAAUAGGAUCCUUUGCUGUGUCAUGUUCUUCGGACCAAAAAAGGAUACUGACUCUUCGAAGUUGUUUGUCAAGCCUAGAGGCUUUGGAUCCUCAUUUGGUGCCGGCAGUCAUGACCUCUCCCAAUGGGCUCCACACACAGCUCCUCAUUAACAUUUGGAAGCAGGAAGUAAUGGAGAUUAGAGACACUGUCUUCUUGAUUGUCGAUCCAGUUGCAUUUGUUGAGAAAUGUAAACAAUACAUGCAUGAACUGUUACUGGGACUGCAAAACAAGGAUAGCCAUGAUAGACAAGAAAUAUGGAUUGUGAUGAACAUAGGAACUAUGGUUUAUGACUUUUUCUCAAUUUACAAGAAGUACGAACCUGACGCCAUUGCCCCUUAUGAAGAUUUGGACAAACUUUUGGAAAAUUUAAAUAGAGCUAGCAAGGAAUGCAAGACAGUUUCGAAUUUCUUUACUACAAACGGAAACUCAUUUCUAGAAGCAGAAAUAAAAGUCAAUCAGCACAAAGUGACUUUCGAGAGUUUUAUGACUCGCAUUAAACUGCUGUACAGCAUUGUGAAAAAAAUCAAUGCAUUGCUUCAUCCAAAAGACACGGAUGAGCAAUUUUUCGGUGAGGAAGAAGCACCUGUUAAUAAAAAUUACACCCAUACAAUACAUUAUGGGGUUAACACGCAAACAUAUACCAACUGCAGAAAACCUGGGAAUAAUUUGACAAGAAGUGUCUUUGCCCGAACUAGCAACGUCCAGAGUUCUACUAGGAAUAUGUUCCUAUCAAAACUGACCAAGCAUUUACAGAUAAAAAAAAGUUUAAACGAUGAACUUAGCUUCUCUGCUCAAGUUAGUGAACUUUUCAAUGUUCAGAAAGAGAGAAAACCAUUCCCCUCAGGAAAUUUGUCAUUGAGAAAAGCGAUUUUCACCAAUAAGUGUGAAUUGCCGUUCUUGAAGAAAAUGAACAACACAUUUGAUGUGGAUGAUGAGAGGGAGAGCCAACUGCUGGAUAGAUCUGCUAGUUUGCAGAUAUCAGAAAUUCUAAAUCAAAUUAACGAUAUUACGACUACAUUUUCGAGUCCUAGAAAAUAUAUGUGGCCCAAUACGACUAAAGAUCGUGUGGAUGAAUCGUCAGCGCCUAUUCAUCAGGAAUCAUUCGGUGAUAUUUCGACGUCAAAUAUAUCAAACGAGACUCAGCCCUCGAGUAUCAACACACUUGAGAGGAUAAGCGAUUUGGACUUAGUAGAAAGUAAACUCAACAGCUUAAGAAAUUCAGAAUUUGAAACGCAUUUGUAAUAAUUAUCACAUGGUCAGAUUUUUGUAAAAUAUUUUAUAACUGAUAUCUGAUUUUAUAAUUUUUACUGAGGUUCUAAAGAACUUCUGAUUUUAAAAUAUUGAUAGUAUUAAGUUUUAAUAAUGUAUUGAUAAGUUUCCUAAUUGAUAACAUCCGUCCAUUUAGUGUUACUUUCAGUCGCCAUUUAUG